AUGGAAGCUGGGGGACCACCGUUGUGGUCAUCACCUCUUUGCAGUUCACCAACGACUGUAGUAGUGAGUAGUCCAAAUUCUUUGUUACAUGUUGGAAAAGCGUAUUAUCGCAUUGCUGCCAAGGCGUACAAUAUGACACGAUAUGUAGUAGAAAGUCUUAAACUUGAUGAGACUGUUGUUGCAACCUCUAUGGUUUAUUGGCAUACUUUUCUGAGUCAUCAUGAAUUAAAAAAGUUUGACGAAAUUGUUCUAUCAGCGUCAUGUGUAUUUUUGGCAAGUAAAGUAGAACAUUACAAGGUGCGUCUUAAUCAGGUUAUUUCACUUGUGUUUGAAGUUGAUGAAAAAAGUGAAGAAGCAGAGGGAUGGCGUCGUAUGUUGCUAGAGAUGGAGUUAUUGUUAUGUCAUACGUUGGGUUUUAAUUUUCAAGUAAUUCACCCAAUUAAGCGUAUUCUUGAGUUAGUACCGGAAGGUCACACAAAGGUUUCGGAAUGUGCUCACCGUCUAUUCCUCCUCUCAUUUGUGACACCACUUUGCACGAAGGCCUCACCUGAUGAAGUAGCGGAGGCACUUGUAUAUAUUGCUGCUGAUGGUGCUGGUCAAUUAGAGGCGUAUAGUGCGGGUUUUACCUGUACCUCAGUGGACCGCCGUGACGGUAUCAUCAAUGUCAUGAUAGAUGCCUUGGCUGUGAUGCGAAAAAACACAGGGAUGGCAAAAAUUGAUAAUAUGAUUACAGCACGACGAAAAAGAAUGCGUGAACAAGAUUCUUCUCGCCCUUCCGUUACGCACUCUAGUGGUGGAACUGGUAGCUUGGACGCCACUCCUUCUGUUAUGACGACAGAUUGA